UCUUCGCCGAGCUCUACCACUUCAUGACCUCGCUGACGGACACCUGCUCGCGCCUGCGCGGCCGCACCGUGCUCUACGUGCCCGUGGAGGCCCUGAGCGUGGAGCCGCAGGCCAGCUCCGAGGAGGCGCGCUCCAACCUGCGCUUCCUGGCGGUGCUGGAGGCGCCGUGCCGCGAGCUGCGCGCGCUGCCGCCCGCCGCCGUGCCCGCCCGCCUGCCGCACCUGCUCAGCCUCGUGCGCGUCGUCUGGGUCAACUCGCCCUACUACAACACGCGCGAGCGCAUCACCGCGCUGCUGCGCAAGGUGUGCGACUGCCAGCAGCACUUCGGGCGCUGGGAGGACGGGCAGCAGAGCCCCCCGCCCCGCUUCUCGGGGCACCGGGGGCCGCAGCUGGCGCAGAGCCUGCUGGAGAUCGAGGAGACCUUCGCGAAGCACCUGCAGGCCCUGCGUGCCACCAAGGGCCACGUGCUGGACGUGCGCAGCCCCUGCUGGCACGAGGACUUCAACCGCCGGCAGGCGCAGCAGCAGCUGGCGCAGGCGCUCGACGAGCUCGAGCGCCGCAGCUUCCAGGAGUGGAGCCGCGCGCUCGACCGCGACUGCCUGGCGCGCCUCGACGUGCCGCUGCUGGCGCCCAGCGCGCACCGGCCCGGCCUGCUCGACCUCAACUUCGACAAGGAGCUGCUGAAGCUGCUGACGGAGGCGCGGGGCUGGGAGCGGCUGCUCUUCGAGGUGCCGCACUACGUGGCCGAGGUGUACCGGCGGCGCGAGGACCUGCGCGCCCUGCGCCACAACCUGCUGCUCGUCGUGCGCGACUACAACCGCAUCGUGUGCGAGCUGGCGCCCGAGGAGCGGGCGCUCUUCGCCGAGCGCCUCCGCGCGCUCGACAGGAAGAUCCAGCCCGGCCUCAAGAAGCUGCUCUGGUCGCUCAAGGGUGCCAGCAGCUGCUUCAUCAGCGAGUGCCGCCUGCACGCCAGCAAGGUGCAGGCGCUGGUGACGGAGUUCAAGGCGGCCACGGUGGCGGUGGCGCGGCUGGCGCAGCGCAUGAGCGAGACGCUGCUGCUGCAGCUGCCCGCGCAGCGCCUCUACAGCGAGCUGCAGUUCGCCGAGGAGCAGCGGCAGCACCGCGCGCGCGCCCAGGCCGCGCUGGGCGCCCUGCACGCCGAGGCCGCCCAGCUGCUGCAGCGCGCCAUGCUCGUCUUCGCCCGCGACGGCCCCGAGGUGCAGGCGCAGUGGCUGAGGCAGGCGGCACGGCUGGACCGCAUGGUGGAGGAGGCGCUGCGGCUCAACGUGCGCCGCUCGCUGCACGAGCUGGCGCGCGCCGUGGCCGGCGACGGCCGCGGGCCCCCCGGGCCGCUCUUCCGCGUGCGCGUCUUCCUGGCCGAGGGGCAGGGCGAGGCGCCGCCACAGGUGGCCUUCUCGCCCAGCCUGGCCGAGCUGGCCGCCAUGGUGAACGACAUCCCCGGGCUGCUCAUCCUGGCGCUCGCCGCCUUCUCCCGGCUGCCCGAGCUGCUGGGGCAGCGGCGCCCGCGGCGCGAGCCCAUCUGCGUGCUCGUGGAGCGCGACGAGGAGGUGGCCAAGCUGCGGGCGCAGAUUGCGGCCGGCGUGCAGGCGGCCGCCGCGCAGCUCCGCGGCUACCUCAAGACGUGGGCCGGCUACCGGGAGAUCUGGGAGGUGGACAAGGAGGCCUUCGUGACCCGCUACCGCCACCUCGACCCGCUCGUGUCCUCCUUCGACGCCGACAUCGCCCGCUACAUGGAGGUGGCGAACAACGCGCAGAAGGAGGAGACGGUGGUGAGCGCGCACGUGGCGCUGCUGGACUGCGGCGCGCUCAAGGGCGCCGUGGUGCGGCACUGCGCCGCCUGGCAGGGCCGCCUGAGCGCCCUGCUGCACGACAUGGCGAGCGCGCGCCUGCACGGCCUGCACGCCUACCUGCGCGACAACGCCUGCGCCGUGCGCCGCCCCCCCGAGACGCUGGAGGAGCUGGGCGCCAGCCUGCGGCUGCUGGAGGCCCUGCAGCGCGAGGCGCCCUCGCUGCGCGCCCGCGUGCUCCCGCUGCACGAGCAGUUCGCCGUGCUCGACAAGUACGAGGUGCCCGUGGCUGAGGAGACGCUGCGGCUGCUGGGCGCGCUGGAGGGCGAGCGGCUGGCGUUCGAGCGCACGCUGCGCGAGAGCGAGGCCAUGCUGCAGCGGCACAAGGAGCGCUUCCGCACUGGCCUCGUGCACCACGCCGACGACCUCAAGAAGAAGGCGCGCGGGCUGCUGCAGGAGUUCACCGACGGCGGUGAGCGCCCCGGCCGCCGCUGGGACGUGGUGGAGGCCACGGCGACGCUGCUCGACGCCUUCCGGCGCACGGUGCCGCUCGUGUGCGACCUGCGCAGCCCCGCCAUGCGGCCCAGGCACUGGGCCGAGGUGCAGGCGCUGCUGCAGCAGCCGCUGGCGCCGGGCCCGGCCGAGCUGCGCCUGGGGACGCUGCUGGAGCUGGGGCUGCACCGGCAGGCGGGCGCCGUGAGCGCCGCGCGGGAGCUGCGCGUGGAGCGCGCGCUCGAGGACCUGGCCAGGACGUGGCAGAGCACCGUGCUGGACCUGGUGCCCUACAAGGACAAGGGCCACCGGCAGCUGCGCGAGGAGCUGCUGGCGGCGCUGGGGGGGCCCCGCGCGCCCCCCGCCCUGCGCCACGCGCUGCCCAAGUGCUUCGCGGGGCUGCGGCGCCUGCGCCUGCGCCAGGUGGGCCCCGGAAUACGCACGGAGGCCACGGGAAUGGAGGCUGCUGACGGGGAGUACGUGGAGUUCAGCCGGCCCGUGCUGCUGGACGGGCCCCUGGAGUGCUCCAGCCCUGACGGCGGCCGUGCGCAGGCGGCCGUGCUGGGCCGCUACGCGGAGGCGCUGCGGGGCCCGGCGGCGGAGGGCGGGCGCCGGCGCCUGGCAGCGCUCGCCACCGUGGAGGCGCACGCGCGCGACGUGGCCGAGCGCCUCUACCGCAGCGGCAGCGCCGACGGCGCCGCCUUCGAGUGGCUGGCACAGCUGCGCUUCUACUGGGACAAGGACACCGACGACUGCGUGGCCCGCCAGACCUGCGCCCUGCUGCCCUACGGCUACGAGUACCAGGGCAGUGCGGGGCGCCUCGUGGUGACGCCGCUCACCGAGAGGUGCUUCGUGGCGCUCACGCUGGCGCUGCAGCUGCGGCACGCGGGCGCCCCGGGCGGCCCCGCCGGCUGCGGCAAGACGGAGACGGUGCUGGAGCUGGGCCGCGCGCUGGGCGCCUGGGUGCUGGUGCUGAGCGGCGCCGCGCGCCCCAACGCCGCCGCCCUCGGCGGCCUCUUCGCCGGCCUGGCGCAGACGGGCGCCUGGGGCUGCCUGGAGGAGCUGCCGCGGCUGCCGCCCGCGCUGGUGGCCCUGGUGGCGCAGCUGGCGCUGGCCGUGCUGGGCGCGCUGGGCGCCGGCCGGGAGCAGGUGGCCCUGGAGGGGCCGCCCGUGGCCCUGCGCCCCUCCUGCGGCAUCUUCAUCACCACCGACCUGGACGGCGCCAGCCUGGCGGAGCUGCCGCCCGCGCUGCACGAGGCGCUGCGCCCCGUGGCCAUGGUGGCCCCCGACGUGGCGCCCGUGGCCGAGGUGCUGCUGCUCACCGAGGGCUUCGGCGACUGCAAGGUGCUGGCGCGGCGCCUGCAGGCGCUGUGCACCAUGGCGCCGCCGCAGCUCUCCAUGCAGCCGCACUACGAGGCCGCCUUCGGGCUGCGGGCGCUGGUGCCGCUGGUGCAACGGGCGGGCGCCGCCCGCCGCCGCCACCCGCAGCGCGGCGACGACGAGGUGCUGCUGGAGGCGGCGGCGGCGGCGCUGGAGCCAGCGCUGGCGCCCGAGGACGUCGCCCCCUUCCGCGCCCUCCUGCGCGACCUCUUCCCGGACACGCAGCCGCCGGCGGGCGCCGCGCCGGGCGACACCGCCAGCGCCCGCGGGGACGGCGACGUGGACGGGGACCCCGAGGGGGACGGGGCCGGCGGCGGCACCGAUGAGGAGGACGAGGAGAGCAGACAAGAGGUGGUGCUCAACCCGGCGGCGCUGGCGCCGGGCGAGCUCUACGGCGAGUACGACCCCGACACGGGCGAUUGGCAGGACGGCGUCCUCGCCGCGCUGCUGCGCGACGCCUGCGCCGAGGAGAGGCAGGAGGCGACGUGGCUGGUGCUGGACGGCCCCGCGGCGCCGCUCUGGCUGGACGCGCUGCACCCCGCGCUGGACGAGUGCCGCGUGCUGCCCCUGGGCAGCGGCGAGCGCAUCGCGCUGCCCGCGCAGGUGUGGCUGCUGCUGGAGCUGGAGGAGCUGGCGGGCGCCUCCCCCGCCGCCGUGUCCCGCUGCGGCGUCGUCUACGUCCCCUACGGCGGCUGGCGGCCCCACGUGCGCGCCUGGCUGCGCUCCCGGCCCCAGGCCGAGGCGGAGCCGCUCCAGCGCCUCUUCGACAAGUUCCUGGAGCCGCUGCUGGCCUUCAAGGCGGCCUCGUGCCACGAGCCGCUCGCCCUGAGCCCGCACGGCGCCGUCACCUCCCUCUGUGACCUGCUGGACGCGCUGGCCCCGCCGCCCGACAGGGUGGCGGCCGGCGGCACCGACCCGGCGCUGCUCGAGCUCCUCUUCCUCUUCAGCCUCGUGUGGGCCGUGGGCGGCGCCGUGGACGAGGGCGGCCGCAAGCGCCUGGACGCCUGGCUGCGCGAGAUGGACGCCUCCUUCCCCAGCAAGGACACCGUCUACGACUACUUCGUGGACCCCAAGAAGAAGGGCUGGGCCCCCUUCGAGGAGCUGCUGCCGCCCGCCUGGCGCUACCAGCCUGACGCGCCCUUCUACGAGGUGCUGGUGCCCACGGUGGACACGGCGCGCUACCAGCACGUGGCGCGGGCGCUGCUGGCCGCGGGCAGCCCCGUGCUGCUCGUGGCGCCGCCGGGCGCCGGCAAGACCGCGCUCGCCACGGCGCUGCUGCAGGGCCUCGACAGCGCCCGCUGGGACACGCUCUGCAUCAGCCUCUCGGCACAGAGCUCGGCGCGGGCGCUGCGCGCGGCGCUGCGCAGCCGCGUGGAGAAGCGCACGCAGGGCACCUACGUGCCCGCGCGCGGCCGCCGCGUCGCCGCCUUCGUGGCCGCGCUGGCCGCGCGGGCGGCCGCCGCGCCGCUCGAGCUGCUGCGCCUCUGGCUGGAGCACGGCUGCUGGUACCAGCGCGGCGCGCCCGCCCGGCGCCGCGUGCAGGGACACACUGGGCACAGUGGUGGGGACAGUGGGGGCCACGGGGCCACGGAGGGCAUGGCGGGGCCCGCGGUGACGCGGCGGGGCGCCCAGGACGCGCAGGCGCGCCGCGUGUUCGGCACGCUGCUGGCACACAAGCUGCAGGACUUCGAGGAGGCCGUGAAGCCGCUGGGCGCCGCGCUCACCGACGCCACCCUGGAGCUGUGGCACGCCGUGGCCCAGCGCUUCCCGCCCGUGCCCGCCCGCACCCACUACCAGUUCUGCCUGCGCGACGUCGCCAAGGUCUUCCAGGGCUUGCUGCGGGCGCACAGGGACUUCCAUGACACCAAGACCGCCCUCACCCGCCUCUGGAUCCACGAGUGCUUCAGGGUGUUCUUGGACCGCCUGGCGGAGGCCGGUGAUGGGUGCCAUGGGGACUUCCUGAGCGCGCGGGGGGUCUACGAGGACCUGGGCGAGGCGGGCGCGCUGCGCGCCGAGCUGCAGCGGCUGCUGCGCCCACCCGGGGGGGCCCCGCGCCGCAGCCCCCCCCUCGACCUGCUGCUCUUCCGCGAGGCCAUCGAGCACAUGUCCCGCGUGGCGCGCGCCGCGGGGCAGCCCGGCGGUCACGUGCUGCUGCUGGGCGCGGGGGGCAGCGGGCGCCGCAGCCUGGCCCGCCUGGGGGCGGAGCUCUGCCGGCUGCGCCUGGCCCCGCCCCCGCCGCCCAGCGGGACCCGCCUCCAGGCAUACCUGCGGGAGCUGGUGGUGGAGGUGGGGGCCGGGGGGGGCCCCCUGGCCCUGCUCCUCGCGGACCACCAGCUGCCCCCCCCGCUGCUGGAGGACCUGCAGGGGCUCAUGGCCACGGGGGAGGCGCCCGCGCUCUGUGCCCCCCCGCACUGGCACGAGAUGCAGCCGCAGCUGCGGGCGGCGGCGCCGGGCGCGGGCUCCGACGCGGAGCUGCGGGCGCUGCUGGCGCAGAGGCUGCGCCGGGACCUGCGGGUGCUGCUGUGCGUGAGCCCGGCGGGAGAGGCCUUCCGCACCCGUCUGCGCGACUUCCCGGCGCUGCUGGCCUGCAGCACCCUCGACUGGGUGGGCCCCUGGCCCCACUCCGCCCUGCUCGAGGUGGCCCACACGGCGCUCGAGGGGCUCGAGCUGGGCCCCGACCCCCAGGCGCGGCGCGCGGUGGCCGAGGCGUUCGCGGCGGUGCACGCGGCGGCGGCGCAGCGGGCGCAGCGGGCGCAGGCGGAGGCGCAGCGCCACGGCUACGUGCUGCCCCGCAGCUUCCUGCACCUCGUGGGCACCUACGGUGUCAGGGUGGUGCGGGUGCCGCUGUGGGUGACGCUGCAGGUGCGGGUGCCACUGCGGGUGCGGGUGACGCUGCGGGUGCGGGUGUCGCUGCGGGUGUGGGUGACGCUGCGGGUGCCGCUGUGGGCGCUGGAGUCGCUGAACAAGAAGGACCUGACGGAGAUCAAGUCGUACGGGCGCCCGCCGGGGCUCGUGGAGACGGUGCUGCAGGCCGUGAUGAUCCUGCGCGGCAGCGAGCCCACCUGGGCCGAGGCCAAGCGGCAGCUCGGUGAGCCCAACUUCAUCAAGCAGCUGCUGAACCUGGACCGGGACAACAUCCCCGAGCGGGUGCUGCGGCGCGUGGGCGCCUACUGCGCCCAGCCCGACUUCCAGCCCGAGGUGGUGGGCAGGGUGGCGCGCGCCGCCUGCUCGCUCUGCAUGUGGGUGCGCGCCAUGGAGGGUAUCCCCAACCCCGUCCCCACGGGUGUCACCAACCCUGUCCCCACGGGUGUCACCAACACCCCCUGCCCCGCGCCCCUGCCCCGCGCCGCCUGCUCGCUCUGCAUGUGGGUGCGCGCCAUGGAGGUGGGUGUCCCUGUCCCCAAGGGUGUCCCCAACCCCGUCCCCACGGGUGUCACCAACCCUGUCCCCACGGGUGUCACCAACACCCCCUGCCCCGCGCCCCUGCCCCACGCCGCCUGCUCGCUCUGCAUGUGGGUGCGCGCCAUGGAGGUGUCGGAGCGGCUGGCGCGGCUGCAGGCCGCGUACCGCGAGAAGCAGGUGUCGGAGCGGCUGGCGCGGCUGCAGGCCGCGUACCGCGAGAAGCAGGCGCAGCAGGAGGAGCUGGGCCGCCGCGCGCGCGACACCGAGGCCCGGCUGCAGCGCGCCGCGCGCCUGGGCCAGGGGCUGGCGGGCGAGCGCACGCGCUGGCAGCGCGCCGUGCAGGGCCUGGACGAGGCGCUGGCCACGGUGGCCGGGGACAGUGUGCUGGCGGCCGCCGGCCUCGCCUACCUGGGCCCCUUCGCCGCCCCCGAGCGCCACGAGCUGCUCGGCCGCGCCUGGGAGCCCGAGUUCUCGCUGGCCGCCUUCCUGGCGCCCCCCGGCGCCGUGCGCAGCUGGACCCUGGGGGGGCUCCCCAGCGACCCCUUCGCCAUCACCAGCGCCGUCAUCGUCACCCGCACACCUGUGGCCAUGGGGGGACUGCGACCUGCCCCCCCCGAGCCCCGUGUCACCCCCCGUGUCCCCCCCCGUGUGCCCAGGUGGCCCCUCAUGAUCGACCCCCAGGGCCAGGCCUGCAGGUGGAUCAAGAGCAUGGAGGAGCCGCGGGGCCUGCGGGUGACGUCGGCGGAGGAGGCGGCCGAGGCGCUGGGGGUGCUGGCGCGCGCGGCCCCCCUGGGGCACCCGGUGCUGCUGCAGGACGUGGGCGAGGAGCUGGAGCCGGCGCUGGGCCCCGCGCUCGCGCCCCCCCGGCCCGGCCCCGACGGGCGCCUGCUGCUGGGCCUGGGCGAGGGCACCGUGGAGUGUCACCCCGACUUCCGCCUGUACCUGGCCACCAAGCUGGCGAACCCCCACUUCCCGCCGGAGACCGUCGCCCACACCACGGUGGUCAACUUCGCGCUGCUCGAGCAGGGCCUGGAGGCGCAGCUGCUGGCCGUGGUGGUGCGCGAGGAGCGCCCCGAGCUCGAGGAGCAGAAGGACGCGCUGGUCCGCGCCAUCGCCGCCGGCAAGGCCCGCCUGGACGAGCUGGAGGACGAGAUCCUGCGGCUGCUGGACGAGGCGGCCGGCUCGCUGCUGGAGGACGCGCAGCUGGUGACGGCGCUCGAGGGCUCCAAGGCCACGGCGGCCGAGGUGGCCGAGCGCCUGGGCAGCAGCCAGAGCACCGAGGUGGUCAUCGACCGCGCGCGUGAGGCGUACCGGCCGUGCGCCCAGCGCGCCGCCCUCCUCUUCUUCGCGCUGGCCGACAUGGCCAAGCUGGAGCCCGUCUACCAGUUCUCGCUGGACGCCUACGUGGAGCUCUUCGGGCGCAGCCUGCAGCGCAGCCCGCGCAGCGCCAAGCUCGACGAGCGCAUCCGCGCGCUCAACGACUACCACACCUACGCCGUGUACAGGUACGCCUGUCAGAGCCUCUUCAAGCGCCACAAGCUGCUCUUCAGCUUCCACCUCUGCUCCCGCAUCCUGGCGGCCGCCGGCAGCCUCCGCGCCGACGAGUUCAACUUCUUUGUGCGCGGCGGCGUGGUGCAGGACCGCGAGGAGCAGAUGGACAACCCGUGUCCCGGGUGGCUCUCGGCCGAGGCCUGGGACCACAUCACGGAGCUGGACAAGGUGCCGCAUUUCCACGGGCUGAGCCGCUCGCUGGAGCUGCUGCCGCGCGACUGGCACCGCUGGUACCGCAGCGCCUGUCCCGAGAGCGCCCCGCUGCCCG